AUGAUGACUGAAGGCAACUACUCAAUGAUGACUGGAUUUAUCCUCUUGGGUUUUUCAGGAAGUUCAGAGCUUCAUGUCAUACUCUUCUUGGUAUUCCUACUGAGUUAUGCUAUCACACUUUUAGGGAAUCUUGGAAUGAUCCUUUUAAUCAGGAUUGAUUCCCGUCUCCAUACCCCCAUGUACUUUUUUCUUGCAAACCUGGCUUUCAUAGAUAUUUUCUAUUCCUCAUGUAUUAGUCCAAAGAUGCUGUCUGGCUUCUUGAUGCAAAGGAAAACCAUUUCCUUUGUUGGGUGUGUGAGCCAGUUACACUUUUAUGGUGUCUUUGCAAUCUCUGAAGGCUAUCUGCUUGCUGCGAUGGCAUAUGACCGUUAUGUCGCUAUCCGCCACUCAUUGCUCUAUACAGUCAUUAUGUCACGCAAAGUGUGUGUGCUGCUGGUAUCUGCAUCAUAUGUUGCAGGAAAUGUGAUCUCCAUGGUACUCACAGUUGCCACAUUUCAACUAUUCUUCUGUGACUCCAAUAUUAUUGAUCACUUUUGCUGUGAAAUACCCCCACUGUUAUUGAUCUCCUGCUCCAACACUAGCAAUGUUAAGACAGUGACGUUGGCAGUUAUUGCCUUCAAUACAGUAAAUGUUAGCCUCACCUUAUUCAUUUCCUAUGCAUACAUUGUGGUCAUCAUCCUGAAGAUGCAGUCAGCUGAGGGCAGGCGCAAAGCCUUGUCCACCUGUGCUUCCCACUUGACUGCUGUUGGUAUCUUUGUUGGAGCUCUUGCAUUCACGUAUCUACGACCCACUUCCACGCACUCUCAGGAACAAGAUAAAGUGGCCUCCAUGUUCUAUGGCAUAGUGGUUCCUAUGUUGAACCCCCUCAUUUACAGCUUGAGGAACAAGGAGGUGAAGGAUGCUCUAAGGAAUGUUGUGGGGAGAAAAAUGAUUUUUCCACACAAGUAA